UUUCGGCAUGGAGGAAAUUUAUGCUAAGUUUGUGUCACAGAAAAUCAGCAAGACCCGCUGGCGACCGGUACCUCCGGGGAGCCUGCAGACCACGGAGACUUUCGCCACGGGCUCUUGGGACAAUGAGGAAAAUUAUGUUUCACUGUGGUCUAUUGGAGAUUUUGGGAACUUGGACUCUGAUGGAGGAUUUGAAGGAGACCAUCAGUUAUUGUGUGAUAUCAGACACCAUGGUGAUGUAAUGGAUUUACAAUUUUUUGACCAGGAAAGAAUUGUAGCUGCUUCAUCAACAGGAUGUGUAACAGUUUUCCUUCACCAUCCGAAUAACCAGACUCUGUCCGUCAGCCAGCAGUGGACAGCAGCUCAUCACCACACGGGUCCGGGCAGUCCUUCCUGCAGCAGUGCGCCAUGCACAGGUGUUGUGUGCAGCAACCCAGAAAUUGUCACAGUUGGAGAAGAUGGUCGAAUAAAUCUCUUCAGAGCUGAUCACAAGGAAGCUAUAAGAACUAUAGACAAUGCAGAUAGCAGUACACUCCAUGCUGUAACCUUCCUUCGAACUCCUGAGAUUCUUACAGUAAAUUCAAUUGGACAGUUAAAAAUAUGGGAUUUUAGACAACAGGGAAAUGAGCCCUCUCAGAUAUUAUCACUGACUGGUGACCGAGUGCCACUCCACUGUGUUGAUAGACAUCCCAACCAGCAGCAUGUUGUAGCUACCGGUGGUCAGGAUGGAAUGUUAAGUAUUUGGGAUGUUAGACAAGGUACAAUGCCCGUGUCUCUACUGAAGGCUCAUGAAGCUGAAAUGUGGGAAGUUCACUUUCACCCAUCCAACCCAGAUCAUCUAUUUACUUGUUCUGAAGAUGGAUCUCUCUGGCAUUGGGAUGCCUCCACAGAUGUACCUGAGAAAUCAUCACUCUUUUACCAAGGGGGAAGAAAUAGUACUUUUUUGUCUCAUAGCAUUAGUAACCAAGCUAAUGUUCAUCACGCUCUUAUAAGCUCCUGGCUCAUCACUGAUCCUACCAAAGACCGUAUUGAAAUCACAAGCUUGCUUCCCAACAGGACUUUGUCUGUGAACAGUUUGGAUGUUUUAGGUCCUUGUCUUGUUUGUGGAACCGAUGCAGAAGCAAUUUAUGUUACUAGACAACUUUUCUCAUGAAGAUACUAAAAGAUUUCAUGUGAAACAUACAGUUAUAGCCUUUCAAAUUCCAGCUUCUCUAUGCAAAUUUUUAUUAUUGGAAAAUGUGAAAUUUGCAGGGGAAGCAUCCAUAAAUUAUUUUUAAUUUUGAUGCCCAGUUUCAGCUUUUGUUAGUUGAAUAUUCUUCUAGUAGUUAGUAGCUAGAGUCUGAUUAAUGACUGAUGGCAAAAGAAUUGGACCGUGUGGAAGAACAUCAGACGGAUCCUUGUGCUGAUAAAUGCACUGCCUUCAGCACAGUUCUGGACAGCUCAUGGGACCAACUCUUCAUUUUUGAUGUUGUAGGGCUCGAAAAUGUCAAACCACCAAUGGGUUCCUAUCCUUUUUAUCCACGGUAUGCGGGGUAUACCCCUCCCUGGUGGCCUUAGCUAGUAUUUAUUCUUUUUACUACAAGUAUUUUCUUCAGUUCUUCCACAUUUUAUUUCCUUAAUAAUUUUUGUAUACUUUUUUCAGAAAGAAUUGAGAACAAAAAUGGCAAAAUUUUUGUAGUGUUCAAAUUUUUUUAAAGGUGAAAAUGUUUUGACAGUUUCCUUUAUUAGAAUGGGUUUGAACAGAACUGUCAACUCCUUAGACCCAACUUUAUUCCUCUUGAAAAGAAAAAAGAUAAGUACAUUUUUCCUAAGGAUUUUUGCUUUUAUUUAGUUUUACAACGUAGUUGAAAAUUGCUGAGUUGGACAUUGUGCAAUAAAAUAGGAUUUGACAUUGAUAAUGAGCUGACUUACAAACUAAAAUUUGAUAGGUAACAUGCAGAGACUAGUAUGAUGAUGUGGUAGGAGAACAGAGUUUUGCCAUCUUUAUUUUUAAUGUUAAUGAUGACCUAACAUGCAGUGUUUUAAGACAAUUUUAUGAUAUUGUCUUUCUAAAGUUUGUUAAAUUAAAUGCAUUAUUGAACUGUUAAGACCUUAAUGACAAAUCACUCCUAUUACACAACUGAAGUAUAUGUUUAUUUACUUUACAAUUCCAACAAUUACUAUG